AUGCUUGCACUACGACCAGCAGCUGCCAAAGCGAGCUCUCUACAACCGCAGAAAGAGGCACAGGCACAGGCACAGGCACAAGCACAAGAAGAGAAACCAUCACACUCGCAAUCACAGAUAAACAACUCUCACACACCCGCCGCGACCGUGACGACUAAUAUCUUACCCUGCCGAAUCCACCACGACGGACCAGUGAAUGUCUCGUCGAGGCAUUGGAAUCCGGUAUCUGACACAACUACAGAUGGAGAAUCAAACACAUCGACGGCAUAUUUCCGUGGUCGAAAGCUGCGUGGUCGUUCCAUGCCUCUUCCAGACGGGUAUCAGGGAGUGGUUGUGACUAAACCACCACAAUGCGAGAAUUCCACCCGUCGCCGAGUAGGUGAUGACGACGAAGAAGAGGAAGAAGAGGAACCGAUAUCCCAGCUUGAAACGGUUGGAACGUUCUCUACGCUUACGGUAUGGGAACAUGAGAAGCUUCCUGCCGAUGAGGACGUCUAUGUUCGAUCUAUGGGGGAGUGGAUAUCAUUCGCACAUGCGAUGCAUGGCGACGACGAAGGCAAAGCAGGCCUAAUUAAGAACUAA